AUGACGUUGUCCGGCGCUCCUUCGACACUCUUGUCUCUCAUCAAAUCCCCUCUCCAGCUCUCUCUUUCACUUCCUGAACCCUACAAUCAAUUUUUGCAACCCAUAAUCCAUGAAGAAGCGACCCAUGUACAAAAUCUCGUUAUCCGCAACUUAUCCGACUCUGCUCCAAUCUCUACCGCCAUUCUCCUCCCAACGUUCCUGCCGUUGCCGUCAACAUUUGACCACUAUAACAAGGAGUCCUGGGUCGAGCUCCACAAAGGUAUCGCACACUGGAUGUCGACACUUAUUGAGCGAAAAAACCACUCGCAGGAUUGGGAAUGGGGACGCGAAGCGUACUGGAUGGCUUUCGCCGCUGCGUACACGAACUUUCCGAACCACAGUUGGCCUUCAUGGGAUACUACGAUAGAACUAGAUGGGCCGUUCAUUCUAGGGUGGUUCUAUGGGGAAUGCAAUUCAACGGAUGAGAACAUGGAUGAUUCCGAAGAAGAUUCGGAUGAUUCGGAUAUGGGCACAUGGGGUAGAGACCGCGAAGUUCGAAAAAACAUCUGGCAACGCUUUCGCAUGCACGUUUGGGCUGGGCGCUCAAUUUUCAUUUGA